UGUACCGCUAUGCGAGAGUCCGCCUUCUUGUCGGAGCAAACAGUGUUUAUUAUUUUGUACUGACAACCGGCUUUUGUUAUUUUUCAUCAAUAGUUGGACGAAAAUAAGACCAAGUGUGCAUGUGAAGCCACAAUAAUGCACCCGAUACCUUCACGCUCUCAGGGUGACGGAGAUAUAUUUGACUGUAUACAAACAGGAAACAUUGAACAAUGUGCACUCUUUAUUGAAAGUGACAGAUCAAUCCUCAGGCAAAAAGGAUGGGCCGGUUUUACUCCACUCCACUCCGCAGCUCUCCAUGGCAACUCUGCUCUGGUUGACCUUUUCCUCAGCAAUGCCGCUGACCCCAACCUGUCCAGUGAUGCAGGGCAGACAGCUUUUCACUUUGCAUGCAGGCAAGGAAACGUUUACAUCGUCCAUAAAAUGAUGCAGCAUGGAGCUGAUCUGCGCCUCAGAGACCUGCAAGGAAAAUCGUCACUGCAUCAUGCGGUGACCGGAGGCAGCAUCGUUGCAGUGCACUAUUUGUGGGAGACAGAAAUGUUGCGUUUCACAGACACAGACAUGCACCAGGUGACACCCCUCCACCUUGCAGCAUCAACCAGCAAUACAGAUAUGGUCCAGUACCUUCUUAAGGACCAGCGCUGUGUCGCAGAUGCUGUCGACCAACAGGGGUCAACUGCUCUCCAUGUUGCAGCAGAGCGAGGUGGCAUAGAGGUGUGCUGGAUGCUUCUGCAGAAAGCUGGAUGCAGGAUGCUUCAUGAGAAAAAUCUCAGUGGCCUAACGCCACUGGACCUCAGCAAGCAGGGGAAAACAUUUAGACAUCAGCAACUCACCAAACUGCUCAGUCAGUACAUGAAUGAGCCAAUCAACCACAAGCCCAAAGACUCUCAUGUUUUGUACUACUGGACACUGUUUUUCCCCAGCAUGAGUGGCACCGCCAUUCUGCUGAUAGCAUCCUUGUUGGGAGGUUACGGUGGUCUCCUUUGUGGUUUACUCUUCCCCUGGCUGGCCAGAAGCAUAUUUACACAAUACCACCGCAUGGCCACAUAUCAAAGGUUACCCAACCCCAUUUACUUGGGAACGCUCACAGCCGGACUGCUCCAUUCCCUGCUUUGCUUUUAUUGGAAAAUAACAGCAAGUGUAUGGCCGACUGGUGCCCUGGUCCAAGUAUCUACGGUCCACCUCUGCCUCGUCCUUGCCUUGUUUUAUAAGGUUCUGACUCAGGACCCCGGGACAGUGGACAGAGCAGAAGCAGAUCCUCGGUUCUCUUGUGUUGCUGACCUGGUAGAGAAUAACCAGAGCCCUCAUAGGUUCUGUCCCUACUGUGAGUUGUUCCAGCCUGACCGCACCAAGCACUGCAAGCUCUGCAAUGUGUGCAUUAUGGACUACGACCAUCACUGCCUUUUCCUCAACCGCUGCAUCGGCCGGGGUAAUCAUCGACUCUUCGUCUUCUUCAUGCUCUCCAUGGUGACUGGCCACCUCUUAUUUAUCGCCACGGCAGCAAGCUACCUGCACCCCAAGAUGCACGCCGGCAGUCGUGGUUUGUCUUGGUGGCUCACAUUCCUCGGGGGGGAGUUUUGGGUAGCGUCAAUGGUGGUUAUGAAUGCUAUAACGCUCUUGUGGGAGGUGUGGCUACUCACUGAGCAAUUUGAUGCCGUUGGCACGGGAACAACGACUUACUUCAAGCACUUUGAAAAGGUGAGGAGACAGAGGUCACUAGGGCAACGCUGGGUCGCUGUGCUGGCGUUUCUGGUUGAGGGACGGACAAGGGUGAUGGGUGGAUGCACAAAGGACGGCAACGCCGCUAUAGAUGUUUAAAAGUGUCACUUAUUGCUUACAGACUAUCUGCAUUAAGAUAGUCCUGAAUGUAACAUGUUCGUGCACUCCUACUGGACACUUCAUUAGGUACACCUGCUACCUUAUCUGUGGAACGUUUUCCCCCGAUAUCUUGAUGACAAUUGUAACAUAUUUUUAAAUGACCAUUAAUGCUCCAAUGAACACCUUUAUCCAGUUAACAGCUGAGUUGCCAUGUGCAUUUUCUACAAAUGUGUCGGUUAAAAAAACGUUAACAGUUGUGGCUGUUUUUUUUUUUAAUUAACUCCACAAUAUGACAGUAGCUGCAUUUGAGGUGUCAUGAUUAACCAUCAUCCAGCAGCUUCAUCCACCUCUACAUGCGCUUUAAAAUGACGGUUGCACUACUCAGCUGUUGGUGUGAAAGUCAUUUAUAAUAAACGUUAUCAGCUGUAUUAAUGCUGGCUGAGCAGUUUUCUCCUUUCCGCUAUUACAACACUGGUUCUGUUGCUGCUGUGUUGUGAAAUAAUAUUAAAUAGUUAAUCCAUGACCAUGUGAUCAACAAGAGCAAUGUUCCUUUUCUCAUGUACUCUAAAUGAUUAAUAAACCAAAAAACAACCAGUUGUUAUUAUUGUUAUAUCAGUUGUUAUAAUGACUAAGGCUUGCUUCCGAUUAACACCUCAUCCAGUUUUAAUACCUUGGCUAUAAUUGCAGCAUUUGAAUAGUUUCUCAUUGACAAAUUUCUAAUAAUAACCGUGUUUUUCUACAUUGUUGUCAGUGGUGUGCUAAGUUUUAGCUAUGAGAAUACUGAAGUGACCCGUUCUAUUUCAAAUUAGUGACUUUGUGGUAGUGGUAAUUCUGUCCAGUGCACCACUGCGCAGCCAAUUUGGUAGACUGGACUGCACCGAGAUGGGCAUGGCGGCUCACCAGGGAUGGUGUCCACAUUUUCAGCGCCAAAGGUGUGCUGAAAGCCCAUCAGCUCCGACCUGGUCUAUUCUUGGUGCAGGCGAAGCGCAGCCUGCACAGUGGUAAAUUGGCUGACCGACGCACAGUGAACACAGGUCACCAAAACCUCA